CAGAGUUCGAAACGCGAGAGGUAGUUGCGGGCUCGACUCCGACCUGCGCGGGUCUGUUCUUUUCUCUCACUCGGGAUUUUCUUGGUGCACUUCAUUAUUCGGCUAGUUUUGUUUUGCGGGAGUGACAAGUGAACGGCCGAUCGAGGAUUGAUUUUGCAGGUUGAGGCAUUGCAGUUUUGAAAUUCAUUCGUUUCGGCGGGUAUAGCGGCUUAUUCCAUCAGAUACCAGAACAUAGGAAGAUGAUCUGCAGGAGCAGGUAAUACAAGCGAAUCGUGCAGAAAAGGAGACAGAGUCAGAGCGAGAAAAGGGGGACUACUCACAGCGUUGGCUUGAUUUUUCGCAUGCGCCGAAGCGAACGGGAAAACAGUCAAGAUGAUGCUGCUCAAGAGCUUCUUCCGGAGGAUCAUCAAGGAUGCCAGACAAAAGAAGCUUAUACCGCUCAAGGUCAUAUUCUUCGUUCAAACAUCCACGCUGUACAUACUCUAUCCGUACCUGACGAUACACAUGAGAGAGCUGGGAAUUAACGUCGAGGAGACCGCUAUCAUGAGCGCGAUCACUCCGUUCGUCGCUAUAAUAAUGCCUCCGGUAGCUGGUUUACUGGCCGAUCGAAUAGGGAAUUUUAAGAUAUUACUAUCAAUAUUCUCGGCAUUAGGAGGAGCAGCAGCCCUACUGUUGCUCCUGGUGCCGGUGGGUCGGAUAACCGUCAGCUUUCCAGACAACGUUGUGCUCAGUGCCAGUUGCCCGACUGCUGGCGGCGAUGACCUAAUUUACGGGAUGAACCAGGAUCACUACUGCGAGACGUUACUCGACCCCCGGAUCGACGCAACGCUGCGGAGCUGCGGGUACUCGUGUCCGUUCAAUGCGAACAGCAGCGAUCAGAAUGCUUUGCUGAUGUCUAAAGGCUACGCGUUGAACGUCUUCGACCCGAAAACGUUGACGAGCAUGACCCACGCGUACAGUAUAUCGGAGAGCGAUAUGCCGGAGAAAAUGAAGGUUCCCGAGGACGCGAAGGAGAGCCGGAAGCUGAAGAACAUGGCCUACUACAAGAUAGCCAUUCGAAAGCUCUCGAACAACGCUCUGUUCUUCCCGGCGAACAAUCCGCAACUUUUCAACUUAUACUGCAACAAGCAGGCUUCGGAGGACAAUUUCACCACCUGCGGAUUCGGCUCUUUGCCGUUCCAAAUGAUCAUCAAGGGCGAGAGACUGACGUUUGCUACAUCCCUGAAAGCUCUGAAGCAGUCGGAGACGGAUGUCGCGGACAAGUUGCGUCGCUAUCUAGCGCAGAGUAUCGACUGGCCCGGCGUGGGCAACUCCUCGGCCAAGUGCUCGAUCGAGCCAGAUGCCGAGCAGGUAAACGCCAUGGUCUACCUCUCGAACUCUACGACCGAAGAGGUCUACGACGUGGUCACACUGGACGGCUGCACGCGGACCUGCAUCCUCACCGCGCCGAGGAAGGAUAUCUGCACGAACGACAAGAUGCAGAUCGAGUACAAUAUCAGGCUGACGUUCUGGGCGUAUCUGACGAUUCGAGUUUUCAUCGGAAUGAUCGGAGGCACGGCUUUCGCGAUGUUCGAGGGUGCGGUUAUCGCAAUUCUGCGCGAGCAGAAGGCGGAUUACGGUCUUCAGAGGAUCUACGGCAGUAUCGGUGGCAUGAUCUCUUCGCCGCUGUCUGGACUACUGAUCGACUACGCCAGCCGUGGUAAAGGAUACGCGGAUUUCAGGCCGGCGUUCUAUCUCUACGCUACGCUGAAGAUUUUCUCGGGCGUCCUCAUGCUGCUGAUAAAUCUGGAAUUCAAGGCACCUGCCACCAACGUUGUCAGCGACGUUGUUUCGGUCUUGAAGAACAUCGAGGUCGUGGCUCUGCUCCUGGCCUGCUUCACACUCGGAACCGUCUGGGGCUACAUCGAGUCUUUCCUCUUCUGGCUGCUGGAGGAUCUCGGCGCCUCGAGGUCUCUCAUGGGAAUCACCAUAACCGUGGGCGGAAUAGCAGGCAUUCCCCUGCUAGUCCUGUCCGGCCCGAUAAUAAGUAGAAUAGGCCACGCCAACGUGCUCUUCAUUGGCUUCGUCUUCUACUCCGUUAGGCUUCUGGGAUACUCGUUAAUUUACAAUCCCUGGCUGUGCCUGAUCUUCGAAGCGCUCGAGUCCGUGACGUCCUCUCUGGCUUUCACCGCGGCUGUGACGUACGCCGCCAAGCUCUCGACCACGACGACCGACAGCUCGAUUCAGGGAUUACUCGGAGGACUCUACUACGGAGUCGGUAAAGGCUCGGGAAGCCUGAUCGGUGGCUACCUGAUGAAGGCCUUCGGCACGCGCCCCACCUACCAGAUCUUCUCGGUGGUGAGUCUCGUGGUCGGUUUGAUCUACUUCUUCUUCAACCUGCUCUACCUGUCGAAGCAGCCCCAGGUCGAGGGCAACGACAUCGUGAAGAAGAAGCCGAAGAUUCCGGUGGUGAGCGUUCAGCCAGUCGCCGACCUCGAGAAGAGCAAGCCCGACAAGGAGAAGAUCGCGCACGAGCAGGAGAGCAACGGACCCUACAUUAUCGACGACAUCGAGGCCGUGAACAACGCCAAGAACCUCGAUAUCGUCGACAGCGUCCUGGAGGAGAUAGAGGCUUCGAACGAGGUCGCCGAGGAGAACCAGGUCAGGCAGAGGCAUCAAGCCAAUGGUUCGGUCAACCCCGCCUUCGAGACCGACGAUCACGCAGAGAAGAAGCACAGCGUCACGGUCGAGGAGGAGCCCAGGUCGAAGAAGUGAGAGCGGACCAUUGCUGCUUUUGUGCUUCGUACUUGAGUGCCGACGACAAUCCAGUUCGAAUACUCGCCUACCUGCUGCAGUGUGCGGAGCUCUCAUCGAUGACUAUACACGCGCUUAUUAAUGCCGCUUGCGGAUUCUGCAAAGUACGUGACCGAGGAUUUCUCAAAGGAACUCCGACAGUGAUGCCGCAGUAUUUCAUGAAGUAGCUCGAACCUGUAGCUAAGUUUUGUACAGAAUGUUGCCGAAACGAGACGUUUGUUGAGUAGAGGUGAUUCAUACGAGUGCGUUACAAAAGAUAUUAAGUGGACGAACGUCACCUGCGCGUGGACAACAUAGAUUUUUUACGCGAUACAGGUUUAUAGAGAGAUUGUAAAAGAAACCAAGCUUUUCAAGUGAUACUUAGACAGCUAUAGUAAUUUGUUAUCCGUUGAUCCCCUUACAAAAGUGCAUACAUAGUUUCAGAUCUGUUAUUAUCAGUUUUGUAUGCGAAAGCACAGUAUAGUUGCGGCGUUGCGCUUGAUCUUGUCUAUUUGUGGUGUAUGCGAAUUCGAGAAUCGAUUCAUUACUCCCCACUUUGUAAUUUAGCAAGUCUAUAUUCGAGUAAACUCUUUUACAAGCUGCAACGCAAUGGUGUAAUUUUAUUGACGCAAACUCGCAGAACCACACGUUUGUUUUCAUGCUGAUAAAGCAUACAAAACAAGGGGGAUUCAUCCCGUUACGAUAAGUAAAUUCGAUUUUAUUGUUCCUAUGCAUAACGUUCUAGGAAGAGAUUUCAUACGACCAAGUAUAAGUGUUACGACGACGCAGUGAUAAAAAUGAAAAGAUGUUUAUAGCGUCGCGAUUUUCGCACGUGUGUAACGUUAUUUAUUAAGUGUACUCCGUGUACCCAACUGUAAAUCGUUAUUUUGUUUGAAAGUAUAAUAAAGAGGAGUUUUAAAAACGUUUGAAAAUAAAAAAAAA